AUGUAUUAACAAGCUCUAGAUACGACAGAAUCAUCAGACGUCUCCCAGUGCAGGUCUAUAAAUAUCCUCUCUUUAGGUGCUGGAUUUGACUCCUUAUACUUCCGUUUGAAGGACAUGGGUCUCCUGCACCACACUGUGGUAUAUGAGGUGGAUUUCCCAAGUGUGGCAUGCCAAAAAGCUACUCUGAUCAAAAGAACGAAAGAGUUGUCGGCACUGGUGGGAGAUACUGGAGGCGAAGGAUUAGGAGUCAUUACCUUUUCUGGAGAGGAUUAUAAAUUACUGGGAGUGGAUUUAUCAGAGCUGUCUGAGCUGGAGAGAGCCCUGGAGGAAGCAGGACUGGACAAUGAAAUCCCCACCCUCUUCAUAGCAGAGGUGGUGCUCACCUACAUGGAAAAUAGGAGGUCAGAUGCCUUGAUUCAGUGGGCAGCAGAGCAUUUCUCUCAGGCAUGCUUUCUGCUGUAUGAACAGAUGCACCCAGAGGACCCCUUUGGACGUGUCAUGCAGCAGCAUUUUAGCCAGCUGAACUCUGCACUUCAUUCUUUGGCACAAUACCCUGAUAGUGAGGCACAGCAGAGGCGCUUUUUUGAAAAGGGCUGGACUGAGUGCAGUGUCAUGGAUAUGAAUGAGUUUUUCACCCGUUGUACUCCAGAAGAUGAGCAGCAAAGAGUGCAGGCUCUGGAGCCUUUUGAUGAAUAUGAGGAAUGGCAUCUGAAAUGUUCUCAUUACUUUGUCUUGACUGCAUCAAAGGGGAUGGAACCUUCCUGGACUCCAUUGUUAUCCAGUAUGACAGUUCCUCAUCGUGAUGGUCCUGCCAGGAUAGCUGGGAGUGUCACUGCAGCAGUGUGUGCAAUGCACUCUGAAACUUCUGGCCUGAGACGAUACGGUCACCACUCUGUUCUGAUAAAACCCAAUGUGAUUCUCACCACUGGAGGCUUUGGUGAGGAGGAUGGACAGCACUGCCGUAUGAGAAAUUUUCAUGUGCUAAUUAAGCACGCAGGCUACUGGAAAGCUGGCUGUGCAAAAAAGGAAAAUCCUGAUAAAAGAUGGGAUGAGCGGUUGUACCAUACUGUGUCAUGUCUUUCGAACAGUCUGGCCCUGGUGGUAGGAGGGCGAACAUCCCCAUCAAGUGCAGGCUUGGGAAUGUUGUGGUUGAAGUUCCCUGAAACCUGUAAUGCCUUGGACCCAGACGACAUUACAGUGGAGCUUGUAAAUCUGCAGCCUGCUGUGAGCUUUUUAGCAGGUGAGAAGUACCUGUUUCUGUAUGGCGGCCGCUCUGCUGUGGAGCCUGUGCUAGGGGAUUGGUAUUUCCUGCACACUCAAGAACUUUCCUGCACUGUGAUUCCUGUUGAGGGUCCAGUACCAGAAAGCCGUCACUCUCACAGUGCCUGUAGCUGGAAAGGAGGAGUGCUAAUUGCAGGAGGUCUGGGAGCAGCUGAGCAGCCCUUAGGUUCAGUUUUCUUUCUGAGGGAGCUUGAACAUGGCUUUCAGUGGCAGAUAGUAGAGACACACCCUCCUCUCAUCCCAAGGUAUUCACAUACUGCACAUGUGCAUGAUGGAAAACUUCUGCUUGUUGGUGGAGUGUGGUUUCACUCAUCCUCUGUGCCAGGCAUCACUGUCAUUGACUUAGUUACUGGUCUCUGCUUGGACUAUGCGAUUAAUGUGGAGCAUCUGGAGUGGCCAUUAAUGCUACACAAUCAUAGUAGUGUCUUUCUGCCAAAUGAGAAGGAGUUGUUGCUUAUUGGCGGUGGUGGGAACUGCUUCUCCUUUGGGACACACCUGAACCCAGAGCCUGUCUUGUUGAGCCUCAGCAGCAUCCUGACCAGCCACUGA